AUGGCAUUGCGUUGGAGGGUCUAUUCAGGGAGGGAGGAGAGCACGCUAAUCGAUGUGAGAUCUCUCAAACCCACAAACUCUGAUGGUCUUGCUGCUCGUGGAUCACAUAGAUCGGCGGAGGAGGUCUCACUGGGGUUUCUUUGUUGCUUGUCUAAAACAGGACGUGCUCAUUCUAAACGAAUCGCCUCUCCUCGGCGGCCGUCAAAGCUCGCAGAGCCCUCGUUAUAGGCAAAAUCCUCACGAGGUAAAAAACUACGUUGCCCUUCUUCCUCUUAAUCUUUUCUGCUGCCUCUGAGCUGCCGUCGGAUAUGUCUGAGAGAGAGGGUGCAAUACUCGAUCAUUUGCUUCCCUUCCAGGCGCUUAAAUCUAACCUGACUCGUCCUGUUUCCCUUGGCAGCAGCGCGCGAGAAGCUCGUUCAAUCCCAGGCGAUGGAGCGGGAAUAUGAUGGUCGAUGUAAGUUUUUUGAUGACCUUACCCGCUGUGUUCCUCCUAGCUCUGACCGGGAGGCGUACAAGAAGCAGCCCCGCCUCCAAUGCGCUGACUUUGGUUCCCUCAUUGACUUUCUGUCUGCCUUAGGAGGUGAUGAUACUUGACGAUGGAUCGGCGGGGCUUCAUGGAGCGGCGGACUUGAUCCGGCGGCGCAGCCAUCUUCUGCCAGGUAUGCGGCCGCCGGAGGGAGGGCAGCAGACAAGAGUGGCGAGCUCGGGGUUAACCGAGGAGAUGGCCUUGUUGCUCUUGAGGCCCAGAAAGUAUGUACCCUCCACCGCCUGCGCCAACGACGAAACCUGCUGCAUCUGCCAGGUAAUUUCAGGGAGAAGACGGACGGUUGGUGUCGCCGCCGACCAGCCCAGCAGCUUCUCUGACUGCUCGAUGUGUCUUUGUGCCUGGCAGGAGGAUUACACCAAAGGCGAAGACCUCGGGAUGCUGAGCUGCGGGCACGGCUUCCACGUAGCCUGCAUAGGGAGAUGGCUGACACAGAGGAAUGUCUGCCCGAUCUGCAGGAAGACCGCCUUCCUGCCCGCUGUGUGA